CCGGGUAGGGCAGCCUCACUCAGCCGUGGCCGCUAAAAUUUGGCAGAAUCCCAUCUUUUCCGAGUCGAGACUCUGAUGGCCAGGCCUCGAGACCCACCGUUCUAGGAAGAUUGCGUUGGGAGGGAUGGGUUGCGCAACACUGGGACCCUUAGCGGCCGUCAAAAUCGAAGACUUUUCGAAACGCACCAAUUAUAGCACCCUCGACAACAUGCGAACGACAGAGAGAUCGCAAGCCCGUUUCUGGGGCCCGCAAAGAACAAAAUGGAGCGGAUUGCCGAGAGAUACAAACCGUUUUAGCGACAAAGAGUUGACAUUAAUAAUGACGGCCGAGAGGACACUGGAAAGAGAUUGUCAUGCCACCAGAUAUUUCCUCUCCAAGACAGGCAGUGGCCUAAUCGGGCGUAUUGCAGCUGCGGGAUGUGUUUCAAGUGUCGAGGCGUCGCAAAGGGGCAUGUGCAUCAUGCAGGGCCGCAUCGUGGAUGAAGGAGCGGAUCGACAGCUGUCGACAUCUGCCAGGCGGAGACAAGCCCGACAACUGACACAGCGGCUGACUGUGCGUGGUUGCGGUGGACAUCAGGCGAUUGUGCUGGCGCAGAGGUUGUGACUCUUGUGAGAUGCAGUUGUCGAGCAAAUGAUGGGCGAGGUUUGCAGCUGGGGUGCGCUUUGAGCCACGCAGCAGAACAGUCCAGGCUUCAUCCCCUGCCCAGCGGCAUGUGGACCCCUAA